AUGCCAAACCCAUCGCAGCUCUUUCUUCUUGCAGACCACAUCAAACUUUCCCUCUUAGAACGACAGCGAGCGAUCUCAUUGGAUUUGGAACCCAACAGCCAAGACGGAGAGAUCUCUCGCUCUUUGGAAUCGUUGCACGACGGCAUCGAGGAUGUGGAAAGAGACCUCUCCCAGCUGGAACAGGCCCACGAUGAUGGCGCCGCCGAGUUGAAAGACCAGCUAUUCCAUUUGAAAUCGCAGUAUCAAGAUUUGUCGUCGCAGUUCAGCGGACACAGCACCUCAGCCGGCGCCGGCGGCUCAUCCCCAUCGCCUGAAUUCGCCAAUGUCAAGUCGUCUCCUGAUCUCAAACAACCGGUCCCGCAGCAUCCUCCUUCAAAGUCAGUGCGGUUCAUGAACUCGGCUACAGAAGAAGCUGAUCUCGAGCGACAAAACCUGUUCCAGCCGUACCGCGACUCACCUUCCCCUCCCGGUGUAGACCAAUCUGACAUGUCGAAUGAACAAAUACAUGAUCGACACAAUGAGAUCAUGCGCGACCAGGACGAACAGCUAGAUCGCCUAGGCGAAUCCAUCGGGCGGCAACACCAACUCAGUAUCCAGAUUGGGGAUGAGCUAGAAGGCCAUGUCGCGCUGUUAGACGGUAUGGAUGGUGAUGUUGACCGACAUCAACAUCGGCUAGAUGGGGCUAGAAAACGACUGGACAAGAUCCGGAGAAGCGCGGGUGACAACUGGAGCUUAAUGACGAUCGUCGGUUUGAUCAUUAUCCUGGUCAUUCUCAUUGUCAUUUUGAAAUAA